GGGUGCUGCAUGAGGGGCCGCAGGGGCGAUCGCAUGACCAUCAACAUCCAGGAGCACAUGGCCAUCAACGUGUGCCCUGGGCCCAUCCGGCCCAUCCGCCAAAUCUCUGACUACUUCCCCCGCCGGGGACCAGGACCUGAAGGGGGUGGUGGGGGCUUUGGGGGGGGCCCUGCUCGGCUGGCCCCCCUGGCCCUAGCACCCCCUGCAGCCCUCCUUGGAGCCACCACGCCUGAGGAUGGAGCUGAAGUGGACAGCUAUGACUCGGACGAUGCCACUGCCCUGGGCAUGCUGGAGUUUGACCUUCUCUAUGACCAGGCCUCCUGCACUUUGCACUGUAGUAUCCUCAGGGCCAAGGGCCUCAAGCCCAUGGACUUCAAUGGCCUGGCGGACCCCUACGUCAAGCUGCACCUGCUGCCUGGAGCCUGCAAGGCCAAUAAGCUAAAAACUAAGACUCAGAGGAACACUCUGAAUCCUGUGUGGAAUGAGGACCUGACAUACAGUGGAAUCACAGAUGAUGACAUCAGCCACAAGGUGCUCAGGAUCUCCGUGUGUGAUGAGGACAAGCUGAGCCACAAUGAGUUCAUCGGUGAGAUCCGCGUGCCGCUCCGCCGCCUCAAGCCCUCACAGAAGAAGCAUUUUAAUAUCUGCCUUGAGCGCCAGGUCCCGCUGGCUUCACCCUCUUCCAUGUCGGCAGCGCUGAGGGGCAUCUCCUGUUACCUGAAGGAGCUGGAGCAGGUGGAACAGGGGCCUGGGCUGCUGGAAGAGCGAGGGCGCAUCCUGCUGAGCCUCAGCUAUAGCUCACCUCGCCGGGGGCUGCUGGUGGGCAUCGUACGCUGUGCCCACUUGGCUGCCAUGGAUGUCAACGGCUACUCUGACCCCUAUGUCAAGACGUACCUGAGGCCGGAUGUGGAUAAGAAAUCCAAGCAUAAAACAGGUGUGAAGAAGAAGACUCUCAACCCAGAAUUUAAUGAGGAGUUUUUCUAUGAGAUAGAGCUCUCAGCUCUGGCCACCAAGACUCUGGAAGUCACAGUCUGGGACUAUGACAUUGGCAAAUCCAACGACUUCAUUGGUGGUGUGUCCCUGGGGCCAGGCGCCCGGGGAGAGGCCCGGAAGCACUGGAGUGACUGUCUGCAGCAGCCAGACACAGCCCUGGAGCGCUGGCACACCUUGACUAGCGAACUGCCCCCUGCAGCUGGGGCUCUGCCCUCAGCCUGA